CAUUCUGGGUAUGCUACUGCCAGGUCUACAUUUUCGACCCAAACCUCAGCAUAGCGAAUGCAAGAAACAAUCAUAACACGAGGCCAAACAUUACAUAUCGGCCAAACAGGUAUUUCUCGCAAACUUUGGGUGUUCUGCACUAGUACACAGCGAACCUGAACUCGGGGACUGACCAACCUGCUCCCAGUUCCCCGACUUUGUCGGAACUCUCUCGCAUUUCCGAGGCCGCCUAACUUGGUUAGUGAUAUGAAAUACUCGUGUAUCGUAACUUGAUAUCGCCAUCGGCGUCCAGCGUUGUGGUAUCGAAGCUUCACUCGGGAACGCCAACCAUUCUCCAUCAGAUCACUUACUACCGCGUCUCAGGCACCGAUAUACUCAGGAUGUGAGCCUGGAGUGGGUCGCGGCGCCAUCUUCAUAUCAAGAAUCGGAAGAAGCAAAUGAGUCAGUGACCCAAUGCGAAAGUAUCGUUGGGGAAGUGGAAACAUGCGGGGACACAUCACUAUAAGGAUAGAGUUCAUGCCUUCUCAUGCUUCACCAUAGUCAUUAUGUCGACCUCUUCUCUCCUUCAACCCCUCGCUGAGGCCGACCCUCGCGUUCUGGCACUCGCGUCCGGCGCAGCCAUUUGCUUCUACGUGCAUAAGUUUCCUAUGCGCGGAGAUGUAGGGUUGCUUUUGGAAGUUGCCCUUGGUGGCGUUAUCUACGCUUACCAGCGGAGCGUCCAAGGCGCGACUGCAGGCUCUGCCUUACUGUUCGCCAUCAGCAUGAUCGCGUAUCAAUAUCUCUCCUUGGCUCUGAUCACCGUGUUAUGGCGUAUUUCGCCUUUCCAUCCUCUGGCGAAGUUCCCUGGUCCCAUCAUCAAUAAGAUCACCAGUCUUAAACUUGCAUAUAUUGUUUGGACCGGUAAACGACACUUAGUGAUUUAUGGGCUCCACCAGAAAUAUGGAAAGGUCGUUCGCACAGGCCCUAACACAUUGUCAUUCAACUCUCACGCUGCUGUCUCCCCUAUCUACGGCGCUGCUAACGCUUUCGCUAAGAGUAAUGCUUACAUCCCCGGAAAGAUUCAUGGUUCCGGCUUAUUCUUCAUUCGACCUCGAGACGUACACAACGCUCGUCGUAAGCAUUGGGCGCCAGCCUUCACUCCCUCUGCGCUUGUUACGUACAAGCCAGCCAUCGAGAAGCGUACCAAUCAAAUGAUGGAUUGUAUUGCUGAGCGUCGUGAAGGUCCCCAUGGUGCGGUCAACCUUGCUGAAGUCAUCCAGCACUGGUCUUACGAUGUCAUGGGUGACUUGACAUUCGGUGGUGCUAACCGCUUGGAACUGAUGAAUGAACGCGAUGUCGGACGCUACGUGGAGAGUGGUCAAUUGGCUACUGUCGUUUUCGAAUUCUUGGGAGAAGUUCCUGCCUUGUUCGACAUUGUUUGGUAUUUCCCUGUAACCAAGACAAUCACUCUGCUGGACAACCUGGCUGCAAAAUUGAUUAUGGUUCGCCAAAAGAGCGGGAAAGGAAGUAGCACUGAUAUUGCGUCUCAUCUGUUGGGAGAGCAUGACACCACUCUUCCGAAGUUAACCCAGGAUGAUCUUCGAAUGGAUGCUUUGUUCGCUAUCCAAGCUGGAUCUGACACGACUUCUGGGGUCCUCUCCUUCGUAUUCUAUUUUCUUCUUACCAACCCGGAGGCUUACAAGCGCCUUCAGGAAGAGCUUGACCAAGCAUUCCCAGAUCCUGAUGUGCCUUUCAACCUUGAACUUCUUAACAGUCUCGCUUAUCUUGACGGCGUCGUUCACGAGUCCCUGCGUCUUGGUACACCCUUCCCGGGUCUUCCGCGAGUCGUUCCGAAGGAAGGCGCCGUUGUCGAUAACGUCUACCUUCCCGGCGAAACGAUAGUUGGUGUGCCAGCCUACUCACAAGAGGUUGAUGCGGAGAACUUCUGGCCGGAGCCCCUCGCCUACAAGCCUGAGCGUUGGUUGCCUGAAGGUUUGGGUCCUGGCUCACGAUGCCGCAGAUCGGCUAUCAUGUCCUUCUCUUUCGGUCCCUACGGAUGUCUGGGAAGGACUUUGGCUAUUCAAGAGAUGCGGAUCGUGACUGCCAAGAUGCUCCUCACUUAUGACUUGAAGCUCUCCCCUGAUUUCGACAACGAUGCGUUCCAGAAGGGAAUUCUAAACAUGAGGACCACCAUCUUUGAGUACCCUCUUAGGGUGGUCGCUCAUCGUCGCCACUAAAGGUGCACUUGGUAUACGACUCUUAAAUUGGCUGAUUAGAUUUCUCAGUUUCUGGUGUAUGUGCUGUAGUGUCUCAAGAUGUACGGUAUUGAAACGGAUGACGUAUAAAGUGUGCAUACAAUGAUUUGUAUAUUUACUCCUUGAAAUGCCAAGACGACGUCAUUGUUGUAGCUUCACUGAUGCAACCAAGGUGCAACAUAGAACUAUCAAACCCUUGACAACACCCCCAAGUCCGCAUCCCGCUCGUUAAUAUCUGACAUAGUGUACCACGCUACAACAGAUUUAAAAAACCCUUGACAGAUUG